AUGAGGGGAACAAAACUCGGUGCAAUCCGCAAUUCUGCUGUUGAAAGCAGUAGCAAAUGCUGUUUGGACGAGAUGUUAAUUAAAGACCUUCAGAACAAACAAGAAAAAUUCGUGAAAGAUCUUGGUGAGUUUGUAAAGGGUGGCCAUUACAUAGAAGAUCUUAGCAAUCAAAACAUAGCGAUGUCCGAAAAUUUAAAUCAAAGAACCUUGAAGGUCCUUUCCUUUGCAAAUUCCAUUGUUCGAUUCGAAGAUACCUUAAAUGAACGUGAAGGCAAUGCAUUAAGAUUGUUGGCUGAACCAGAAAUGACAUAUACUAAUCUUAAACCAAUGGUUGAAGAACUUGAAGCAGCAAAUAAAAUUAUGGAAUCAAAUCACAAAACAUUACCAACAGAAGCACUUCGAAAAGAGCUUAUGGAACUCAGCACACAAGUGUCUAAGCUAGAAGCUGAAAAUACAAUUAGAGAAAUGCAAAUUAAAUUCAGAAAUGAAAAAUUACAACUUCAAAAUAGAUUGGAAAUAAAGAAAGAGCAUAACCUUAUUGAUGUUAAAGUUCCUCAAAUCAAAGAUUUAGAUUACAAAACAGAUUUUUCAGAAGAAGCAAAGAGAUUAGAGAAAAUUCAAGAGAAAAUCGACCAAAUUCUUGCAUUAAAACAGAAGAACAAUGAUAUUAGAAAGAAGAUCGAAGAAACAAAUAAACAAAAAGAGGAUUUACUACAAAAAUACAACGAAGAAUCUUUGGCAAAACGUCAGACCAUUCAGAAACAUCUUGAAGAGAUCAAAAUGUAUAAUAACUACAAUGCCCAAAUCGAUAAGCUCGUAGGUGAAUUACAUGAAGCUACAAUCGAUUCCAUUUCAAAUUCAGAUGAUGCAUUCAAUGCUGCUAAAUUUAAGGCAUAUAUUGAUGGUGCCCAAGAAGAAAUUUCUCGAGUUAACAUAGAAUCAGAACGUCAAAACUUAGUCGCUGAACAAGAGAAGUUAGAAUCGGCAAAAAACGGCAAUAUUCGUACAGAACAAGAUCAGCAAGCCCUUGAAGAUGAAAUUCUUGCUCUCGAAGCUAAGAUUGAUGAAUCCAGAGCGAAAAUUGAACGAAUGGAAGCUGAAAUUGAAAAAUAUCAGACUAUUCUUGAAACAGAAUCGGAUAACUAA